UCUUGGUGCUAACUGCUAAUGUGGCUCUUGUUGGGGCCUGUAUCCAGAGCGGCUGCCAAAUACUAGCACGUGACGACUAACCAAGCAAAAUUGGAUUCAAGCCCUGUUGCGUGGAGAGUGAUCUCACUACUUCCACGGCUCCGCUUCAAGUAUAAAAUCUGCAGUCGUAGUAGGGGGGGGCUCGUAUUCCUUCAGGGAACGGCUUCCAUAGCGCUGAAGCGAGGCGUGCCGCAUUGGGUUGUUCGAGAGCUCCUAGUGUUGCCCUACUACAUGAUGGAGGGCGAUCUCCCCACGCCCGCGAACGCUAGGGUUGUUGCCGUGGUCACCGGCGGCAACAAGGGGAUCGGGCUGGAGGUGUGCCGGCAGCUGGCCUGCAGCGGCGUCACCGUCGUCUUGACAGCCAGGGACGACGCGAGGGGCGCGGCGGCCGUGGAGAACCUCAGAGGCCUGGGGCUCUCCGAUGUCCUCUUCCACCGACUGGACGUUACCGACGCUCCGAGCAUCGCUCGACUCGCUGGUUUCCUCGAGACCCGUUUCGGGAAGCUAGACAUCCUGGUAAAUAAUGCCGCGAUUGGCGGGGUUGAGUAUGUUCAUGACCAAGAUUGUGGCUCAGUAACGAGCGAGGAAAAGGCAAAGUUGAGCGGCAUGGACAUGGAUCAGAGGCUUGGAUGGCUGUGGGAGAAUUGCCGGGAGACCUACGACGAUGCAAAGACAGGCCUACGAACAAACUACUACGGCACAAAGCAAGUAAUCGAGACUUUACUGCCUCUACUGCAAGCCUCCUCCGAUGGGAGGAUCGUUAACGUCUCCUCCCACUUCGGCCAGCUAAGGCUUUUCCGAAACGAGGAGCUGAAGCGGGAGCUGAACGACAUUGACAACCUCACCCCGGAGAGGCUGGAUGGCCUGCUGGACAUGUUCUUAAAUGACUUGGAGGCCGGCGAGGUGGAGUCGUCGAACGGCUGGCCGAUGUAUUUCUCGGCGUACAAGGUGGCCAAGGCGGCCAUGAACGCGUACUCGAGGAUCCUGGCGAGGCGGCACCCCGAGCUGCGCGUCAACUGCGUGCACCCCGGCUAUGUCAGGACCGACAUGACCAUACACUCGGGGCUGUUGACACCGGAGGAAGGUGGCAGCAGGGUGGCCAUGGUGGCGCUGCUGCCGGGAGGCGGGCCAACCGGCGCGUUCUUUGAAGAUUUUCAACAGUCGUCGUUCGUGUGAUGUUGAACAUGCAGCUGCAUCUCAUAUGUAUUCUAUAGAUAUUAUUUAUGUGAAAGAUGCUACAGUACGCUCCCCCUGCGUUUACAUUCAGCGCACCUCUGAACUCUUAAACUUCAAGUCUUCAACGACAAAUCUAGACAUGAUGCUGCAAAACAUUUUUAAUGUCUCCUCUUUCAAAACACGAGUUUCGUGCGUCAUGCACGAAGCACAAAGAGUUUUUUUU